AUGGAUAAAGCUAUGCAGUCGUUUACCAAAGCAUGCGAUGGUAACUUUCGUAAUGGAUGUUUUAAUCUUAGUGUUGUCUAUUUAACUGGCUGUCAAGGUAUAGAUAAGGACAUGGUUAAAGCGUUAGAAUAUUCAGUAAAAAGUUGCAAAUUAGGACAUUCAUGGGGUUGUAUCAAUGCAAGCAGAAUAUAUUCACAAGGAGAUGGAGUAGAAGUUGAUUUGAAGAAAGCUCAGGAGUUCAAGAAACUGGCGAAGGAGUGCGAUGGUAAAGGUUGA